AUUUGUGCCUUCUCUACCACAGCUUGCAGAGUGUGAAAAAGGAGGAGCUGGCAUACGCCUCUCUUACUGGAGCCGAGCGCUGUCCGACAGGAGCAGCAGCAGGGCUUUUACUAGGCUAGCCAGGUUCCCGCUCUAAGCGGGCAAGCUCAGAAAGAGUAGCUUAGCCGCGCGUCGGCUCUGCAAUCCCUAGCCAAGGAGAUCUGGGACGUACCCUUCCUGGGAGGGAGAGAUGGCUUCCUCCUGACGCCGUUUCCGGAGGGGAGGGGGAAGAGACAGAAGGGAGGAGAUGAGAUGGGAGGGGGGCCCUAUAUAAAUGAGGUUGCUGCUGCAGUGCCCCGUCGGGGAUCAUCAGCAUUAGAAAAGGAAGAGGAUCUAGGGAAGGGGACGGGCUGAUUAAUCUGCCUCCCGGCUCAGCUCUCGCCCGAUGCCAGAGUCCCCCUCCGCCAGCUGCUACCUCUAAAGCCCGGCCGUCAGCAAUAAAGGCAGGAGAGAUCUCCUCUAGCCAUCCUUCGGCGCUGCAGCCCGUUUUGCCGGCGUCAUGACCCGCACAGUAUUGCUUGCUGUUCUCCUCCUCGCAGCGCAAGUACUUUCACUUCCAGUAACAAACCCAGCGACUAAAGAUGACACAAAGGUGAUGAACUGCAUCGUUGAGGUCAUUUCUGACAUAGUGUCAAAGCCAAAUCCACUCCCAAUCAGCCAGGAAUGCCUAGAAACUCUUCAAGGAGAUGAAAGAAUCCUUUCCAUUCUUCGCCAUCAAAACUUACUAAAGGAGCUUCAGGAGAUUGCAGUCCAAGGAGCAAGUGAAAGGACAGAGCAGAAGAAGAAAAGCAGCGGCUUUGAAGAUGAGCUUUCUGAGGUCCUUGAAAGCCAAAGCAACAGGAACAUGGAAAGAGAUCUGUCAGAGGGGAACCCUGAUGAGGAGCCUACGGCCUCCUUUGCCGAGCUGGAGGCAGAGAGAAGUCAGAAGAACAGCGAAAGGGAUGUUUCAAAGGAAGAGGAGAGGAACAGCGUAGAAGAAAGGGAGACGAGGGCUAGAGAUGUUGACUCUGAAGAGCAAAAGGAGAACGCGGCAGGAUUUGACGGCAACGAGGUUGGCGAGACGGAAGGACUGCCCUGGGACAACACAGUAGACAAUCACAUCCACGAUGAGGCCCAAGACGAUGAGGCCCCUCAGCAGAGACGCCAAGAGGGUGAAGAAGAGGAAGAGAGAAAGGAAGACGAUGAGGUGGUGGGGGUGGAGGGGGAGGAAAAGGGGCACAUUUCCAAAAACAGCCAGGAGGAAAGCGAAGAGGAAGGAGAGGACAGUGUCAGAGACCAGGCUGAGGAGGAAGAGGAGGAGGAAGAGGAGGAAGAGAAGGAUGGGGAAGAAGAGGAUGAAGAAGAAGAAGAAGAAAGAGAGGCCGCUGAAGAGGAACGUCCUACCAGCUCAGAGGACAAGGAUGAUCAAAGGGAAGAUGAUAACCAAGAUGCUAAAGAGUUUGAUCGGGAUGGACAGCCUUCAGAAGAACAAGAGAAAUUCCGUAGUACAAAGGGAGGAAGGCAUCACACGUCUCGAGAUGAAACAAUGCAGGAUGAUGACACCUCCCGCGCCAGGGAUGCUGAAAGUGAGGAAGUGGAAGAGGACCCCUCCAAAGGUUUAGAAGAUGCCAAGAGAUGGAACAAAAUGGAUGAGCUGUCUAAACAACUGAGCACUACGAAGAGGGCGGAGGAAAGCGAGAGCAACGAAGACCCAGACAGGUCCAUGAAACUGGCUCUCAGAUCCCGCAAGCAGGACUUCCGUACCUCUGAAGAGGACAUGAGGAGAGCGCAGAAGCAUCAUUCCAAAGAGGAGAGCAGCGAAGGAGCCUUCCCACUUGCCGCUCUGCCUGAGGAAAAGAAGGAUGAAGAAGGAAGUGCUAACAGGAGAACAGAGGGAAUUGCCAAGACACUGAUGAGACACCAGGGAGGCCACCAGAAAACCAUGACGACGGUUGCUCAGGUGCCAGUAGCAGAGCAAAAGCCCUCAUCGCCAGCUCAGCAAAAAGACCAAGAACUGGAGAGUUUGGCAGCAAUAGAAGCGGAGCUGGAGAAAGUGGCCCACAAGCUGCAUGCCCUGCGAAGGGGUUGACACUUUUAUAACACACGCCGUGAGCAAGAAGCCAGAAAUUUUAACUCACCCUUUAAACACUGCAAUUUAAUGUCUCUGUGUGUGGUUUUUGUUUUUUAAAAAGAUGAAAGUAAUAAUAAUGGAGAAAGUGCAUUUUGCAUAGGAAGCCAAUUAUCACUAGAAAAACAACAACAUCGAUUUCUCUCUCUAUGGUAGCAAUGCUUUCCAUUCACAUUUGCUUGUUGUUUGAUUUCAUGCUUCCUUUACUGGCUUGUAACUUUUGGAUUACAGGAUCACAAGCAGUAUGGCUUACUCAUGUAUUUUCUGUUGAUUAAAAGGGAUCGUUUUGACAUUUCCCACCUUACUUUUUUCCUUUUCCUUUUUGUCCAUUUCUUUUUUUAAAAGAAAAAGCCAUGACAGCUUUCUAGAAUGUUUAACUUGUACCAUUAGGUUUUACUGGAUAAAAGAACUUGCAAUAACUUGUUAAUCUUUUGAUUCAAAGAUGAGAAUUCUGACUGUAAUAUAUUCUAUAUAAAAAUUAAGGACAAAAAUAAACACGCAACGUUGGGCUCCUU